AUGCAUGAGUCAACAACAACAACAACAACAGCUUAUCUUAUUCAAAAGAAUGGUCAACGUUUAGAAAAUUAUUGUGAAACACUCUCUUUCUUGUCGGCCAUAUUGCUCGUCUUCAUUGAUGCAGAUUCCGGUUAUCUACAUUCUUGUCUUCUUAUGUUGGCUGCCGUCGACAAAGUCGAUAAAGGUAUUUAUGUUGAUAGCACCAAUGGUGCAGUGUACGUGGCUGAUUAUGUCAAUAAUAGAAUUCAAAAAUGGUUAGUAAAUGCGUCUAAUGGAACUACUGAAGCUGGACUCAGCAAUGGAAAUGAAGGCAGUGAUGCUGAAUCGUUGUCAAGACCGACUGCUGUAUGGGUCGAUGAAGAAACCCAUGUUGUUUAUGUGGCUGAUUCAUCCAAUGAACGAAUUCAACGUUGGUUAUAUAAUGCAUCUAUGGGCGAUACUAUUGCUGGCGGAUCAGGUCUUGGUGAUAAACCUAAUCGAUUCGAUCAGCCAGUCGAUUUAG